UCAUUGUGGGGAUUGUAGUUCGGCGGCUCCUAGGACUCGCCGCCUUGGCUGCGCGGCCUGGACGGGAGAACUACAAAGCCCAGCGGCUCCGACGGCUGUAAGAGACAGAUAAACUUUCAGCGGACCGUGAGAGAGAAAAAUCUCUCUUUGUGGUGAGGGGUUCUUGGGUGGUCGCCGAACCGGGCACUGUGCACUAGGAAAGGAAAGUGGAGGUCUCUGAAUAAAGAUGAACUUGGCUGAGAUUUGUGACAAUGCAAAGAAAGGAAGAGAAUAUGCACUUCUUGGAAAUUAUGACUCAUCAAUGGUGUAUUACCAAGGGGUGAUCCAGCAGAUUCAGAGACAUUGCCAGUCAGUCAGAGACCCGGCUAUCAAAGGCAAAUGGCAACAGGUUCGGCAGGAAUUAUUGGAAGAAUACGAACAAGUUAAAAGUAUUGUCAACACUCUGGAAAGUUUUAAAAUGGACAAGCCCCCAGAUUUCCCUGUGUCUUGUCAAGAUGAGCCAUUUAGAGAUCCUGCUGUUUGGCCGCCCCCUGUACCUGCGGAACACAGAGCUCCACCUCAGAUAAGGCGUCCCAAUCGAGAAGUAAAACCUCUGAGGAAAGAAAUGCCAGGAGCAGGAGCCCGGGGAUCUGUAGGCCGAGCACAUCCUAUAUCGAAGAGUGAGAAGCCCUCCACAAGUAGGGACAAGGAUUGUAAAGCAAGAGGGAGAGAUGAAAAGGGAAGGAAGAAUAUGCAAGAUGGUAUGAGUGAUGGUGAAAUCCCAAAAUUUGAUGGUGCUGGAUAUGAUAAGGAUCUGGUGGAAGCCCUUGAGAGAGACAUUGUGUCCAGGAAUCCUAGCAUUCAUUGGGAUGAUAUAGCAGAUCUGGAAGAAGCUAAGAAAUUGCUAAGGGAAGCUGUUGUCCUUCCAAUGUGGAUGCCUGAUUUCUUCAAAGGAAUUAGAAGGCCAUGGAAGGGUGUGCUAAUGGUUGGACCUCCAGGCACUGGUAAAACCAUGCUAGCUAAAGCCGUGGCCACUGAAUGUGGCACAACAUUCUUCAAUGUUUCCUCUUCUACACUGACAUCUAAAUACAGAGGUGAAUCUGAGAAGUUAGUCCGUCUGCUGUUUGAAAUGGCUAGAUUUUACGCCCCUACCACAAUCUUCAUUGAUGAAAUAGAUUCUAUCUGCAGUCGAAGAGGGACCUCUGAUGAGCAUGAAGCAAGUCGCAGAGUCAAGUCUGAGCUACUCAUUCAGAUGGAUGGAGUUGGAGGAGCUUUAGAGAAUGAUGAUCCUUCCAAAAUGGUUAUGGUGUUGGCAGCUACUAAUUUCCCAUGGGAUAUUGAUGAAGCUUUGAGAAGAAGAUUAGAAAAAAGGAUUUAUAUACCUCUCCCAACAGCAAAAGGAAGAACCGAGCUUCUAAAGAUCAAUCUUCGUGAGGUUGAAUUGGAUCCUGAUAUUCAACUUGAAGACAUAGCAGAAAAGAUCGAGGGCUAUUCUGGUGCUGAUAUAACUAAUGUUUGCAGGGAUGCAUCCUUAAUGGCAAUGAGACGGCGCAUCAAUGGCUUAAGUCCCGAAGAAAUCCGUGCACUUUCUAAGGAAGAGCUUCAGAUGCCUGUUACCAAAGGAGACUUUGAGUUGGCUCUGAAGAAAAUUGCAAAGUCUGUCUCUGCUGCGGACUUGGAGAAGUAUGAGAAAUGGAUGGUUGAAUUUGGAUCUGCUUGAAUUUUUGUCAGUCUCUCAUUUCUGAUAUUUUUGUUUAUAAAAUGUGAAGAAAUUCCUGCAUUUAAAAAAAUAGGUUUGGAAACUUUUCAUUGGAGAGAUUUUCACUUAAAGGCAAACUAAAACCACGGAGUAUAAAUGUAGUUGCAAAAUAAGAGAAGCUUACAUAGAGAGCCUGAUGGCCCAUAUCCCCCGACUGUGCAUUAAUAUCGCAACCCCAAACCAGGAUGUCAGGGCAGUGGAGGAAAGGGAUCAGUGUACUAUUG